AUGGCCUCCUCGACACCCCCAGCCUCCGAGAACCCCACCUCCACUCUCCGCUACAUCCGCUACGACUCCGCCCACGAGGACGCCUACGUCGCCGCCAUGCGCCAAUUGAUCUCCAAAGACCUCUCGGAGCCCUAUAGCAUCUACGUCUACCGCUAUUUCCUCUACCAAUGGGGCGACCUCUGCUUCCUAGCAAUGGACACCGACCCGACAACUGGCGAGGAACAGAUGGUCGGCGUCGUCGUUUCAAAGCUCGAGCCGCACAGACACGGCCCGAUGCGCGGGUACAUUGCCAUGCUGGCUGUGCAGGAGGAGUAUCGCGGGAAGGGGAUUGCGACAAAAUUAGUGAGGAUGGCCAUUGAUGCAAUGGAGAAGGGGGGUGCGGAUGAGAUCGCCCUCGAGACCGAAAUAACAAAUACCGGCGCAAUGAAGCUUUACGAGCGGCUUGGAUUCUUACGCAGUAAGCGGCUGCAUCGGUAUUAUUUGAACGGAAACUCGGCGUAUCGGCUGGUGCUGUAUCUGAAGGAGGGCGUCGGGUUGAUGAGAACGUCAUUUGACCCAUAUGCCCCUCCGCCGGAUCAUGCCCAUGACCAUCUUCCCCCUGCUCCUGUUCCGCCAGCAGCACCGCUGCUCGGUGAGAAUGGGGCGUGA